UUUAAUUUAAUUUGUUUAGCAUGCCAUAUUUGUUAGAUGGAAAUUGUUUAGUUUGAUUAGUAUAAUUUAGUUGUUGAUGAUUAAAAAUUUAGGAUAUUGUGAUGGUUGAUUUUGUAUCAAUUGAAAGGUUAGUAUAAUUGGAAGGUGAUUAGUAUAAUUCGAAGGUUAUUAGCAUAUUGUUUAGUUGUUUGAUUAGUAUAAUUUAGUUGUUGGUUGGUUAAAAAUGGAUUUGAGCAUUUUGUGAUGGUUGAUUUUGCAUGAAUUGUUGUGUUUAUGUUGUAAAUACUACUAGUAUAGGUGAAAAAUAGUGUUCAUAUUGUUUGAAUAUGUAGAAUAAGAAUAACUUAAUUAAACAUUAUGUUUUUUGUUUGAGGUCACUACUGGUCGUGGAGACCGUAUUGCAGAGAAAGGUGGAAAGAAACACACGGUUAACUUAAUGCAGAAGACAUGUACAUGUGAGAAAGUCAUAAUAUAUAAGUUGCCGUGUUCUCAUGUCCUUGCGGUAUGUCGUCACCGGAGCUUGUCAUAUAGUGGUUUUGUGGACGCUUCAUUUCUGACUAGCUCGUAUCGAUCUACUUAUAUGUCCUUUUUCAAGCCUGUGCCUGAUAUGCAUAAUUGUUCUCCAUAUGAUGGUCCGAGAAUUAUAGCUGAUGAGAGGCUAAAACGUGGAGCUGGACGUCCACGGUCCACUCGAAUACAAAAUGAAAUGGAUGCAGCUGAUAGGUCUGGCAAAUAUAGAUGUAGCAUUUGUAAGGUUUCAGGACACAAUAAGCAAAGAUGUCCUAAUAAGAACGGUGAAGGAACAUCUGGGUCUGAUGGCGCAGUCCAUCUUUCCCGGCCCCACUGAUCGCAGCGUUCUCACCCUCCAGGACCAGCAUCGGAGUGAGGAUGUCUGGAGGGGAGUAGCGGACACGGUACUAUCGUGUCGGUUGCAUCAUCACAGUCUCUAUCUUGACUGGGAGAUUCACGAUAGGGUUCUUCGGUAUGUCGAGCGUGCUGGUUUUCUCGGCAUACAUCGUUUGGUAGGGGGAGGUUUGGAGAUUGAUAGACCACUUCUGACGGCAUUAGUGGAGCGAUGGAGGCAGGAGACCCAUACAUUUCAUUUGACUGUUGGGGAGGCGACGAUUACUUUGGAGGAUGUCGCUGUUAUCCUUGGACUUAGAGUGCACGGGGACCUGUUACUGGUCGAGGCGAGGGUAACUGGGCUGCAUUAGUUUUCGAGUUGUUAGGGAUUUGGCCCAACACACCGGAGAACGAGCCCAAAGUUCUCCAGGGUUCGUCUUUGAGUUGACAUGGCUUCGGCAACAUUUUUUCUUGUUGCCGAAUGAUGCUGAUGAGGUGACAGUACAAUGAUUUGCCCGGGCUUACAUUCUUGCAUUGAUGGGGUCCAUUCUUUUUGCCGACAAGAGUGGAGAUGCAGUCCAGGUUCUUUAUCUCCCACUUUUAGCUGAUCUCGACGUAGCAGGGACAUAUAGUUGGGGUAGUGCGACCCUUGCAUACCUGUAUCGGCAGCUAUG